GUUUGUAUCGGACCCAAUUUGCCGUGGUGAUCUUGCGAUUUCGGGACGAUGAGCCUCACCGUGCUGCUCGAUGGCCACCGGAAGAAGGUCCCUGUGACUGCGGGCACGUCCAUGUCGGACGUACUGCGCAAGGCCUGUGAGCUGCAUGACGUCGACGCCGACCGCCACGAGCUCCGCCACAAGAACGCGAUUGUCGACCUCUCGCUGCCAUUUCGCCUCACGGGCAUCUCGUCCAACGCGACGCUCGACAUGAUGGCGAAAAGAGGCGGCGCGAACGACCCGGUGGUGCGCGUCUGCGUCCAGCUCGUCGACGGUCGCCGCGUGCAGGGCAACUUUGGCAGCAGUCUCACCCUCGCCGCGAUCCUCGCCCAGCUCCAGAUCCAUCUCUCGCCCGAAUACGACUCGCUCAACUUUAUGCGCCGCGAUAUCCGCGGGCCCGAACUCGACUCGCUCACGCUCCAGGCGCUCGGCCUACUGAGCGGUUCCGGUAUGUUUCGCGUCCAGAGCUCGACGUCUUCGCCCGUCGCGCCGCCGCGCGUUGUCGCCGCACCGACGCCCUCCGCCACACAUGUGGCGGCGCCUAUGCCGGCAGCAGCGCCGUUGACUCCGGCCCUUGCACCGGUGGCCGCCGCGCCCGAGCCUGCCGUCUCGGCGCCGUCGCCGCUGCCAUCGACACCGUACGACGCGAUCCAGCGCGUGCGCAACUCCAACUUUGACGCAGUCUCGAGUACGGUCGUCUUGACGCUUAUGAAGAUCCUCUGCAACAUUCUUUCCAAGCCAGAUGAGCCCAAGGUGCGGUCGAUCCGGACGUCGAACCCAAAGUUUGUCGACGCGGUCGGACGUCAUCCUGGCGGAAUUGCGUUUCUCGUCGCAAGUGGCUUUGCCAUCGACGGCGACAUGCUGCACCUCGCGUCCGAGUCGAGCGACGUGCUGCAAGCUGCUCUGCGUGUGCUCCAUACCGAAGCCGACGACCUGCGCAUCGACCACAGUGCGCGACCGCAAGUGCAAGCGCCGUCGUCGCUACCGGCGCCGGCCUUUGAUGCGUACCAGCCGCUCAUCACGCGCAUGCAGGCGCAGCCCCGCGGCGCAAGCCUCACGGAGAUGCGUCUCGACGAUUUGAAGAAGAAGCAAGACGCGCUCCUUGCGUCGUCGACACCAGCGCGUCAGACACGCAUCCUGUUUCCGCAUGAACUGCAGCACGCGGCGAUGGCGGCGCCCACGACCGUCGGCAAGAGCGACGCCCAGUUGCUCGCUCAGGCGCUCAAAGCGCGCCAGGACGCGGCCGAGAAGAGCCAGUCGUUUCGGACACUGGCGAUGCGGGAGCUUGACGACAUGCAACGCCGAAGCGUGUACCAGGAAGCCGUGCUCCGCGUCCGUUUUCCCGAUAAGGUUGUCCUCCAAGCAGUGUUUCAUCCGAGCGAACCGCUGCAAGCCGUCGCCGAUCUCGUGACCAGCUGCCUCGCGACGCCGCGUGCGUUCUACCUCUACACUACACCACCGAUGACCAAGCUCGAUGCGACCAAGUCGCUGCUCGACUUGCACCUGGUACCUGCGUCCAACGUCUUCCUCGGCUGGACGUCGCCGCCAACGGCAUCGACCGAGCUUGGCGCGUACCUCAAUCACGACAUUCUCGAUGAGGUCGGUGCCGAGUCCAAGGACGACGAUGGUGGACCGAGUGUGGCGUACCCGUCGAGUCAGCCGCUCGUGCCGUCGUCAACCGCCGCAUCGGCGUCAACCGCGGCCGAUGCCAAGACGACAGCGUCGGGCCGCAGUAGUGCGAGUGCCAAGGGCCGCCCGGGGUGGCUCAAACUCUAACAUCUCGGCUGUUGAAGCAUCGUAUGCCCGAUCUUAUGGUCUGUCUGCUUCGUCUACUGGCGGGUCGUUUAGGUCUUGAGCGCCUUCUUCUUGGCCUUGUACUUGUCCCAAUGCGCUUGCACCUUUUUGUUGUAGUUCUUGUCGUGCUUUUGCUGGUUGACGGUCUUGGUGAUGACUUGGAGGACGUCUUCAUCGAGGAGGACGUGCUCCUUCCCGACGCGCUGCGGGUUGUACUUGGUGCUCACGCCCCACACGAGCGCAUAGUUGAAGUUGUCGAGCAUGUCUUUCGAGAUCUACGGUAAUUGAUACAUUGAUACAAAUGCAACACAACCAGGUGAGCGUAC